UAGUGAAGGAGAAAGCUUUAGGUAAUUCUCUUAAAAGAUAGAAUCCGAACCCGAGACUGCGGCGUAAAGAUUCACUCACUGCUCGUGCAAAAAAAAAAAACAUGGGUACUGAAGUAGCAGCAGAGGCCAUAGCCAUGGAGAUAGACGGUGACGGAGAAGACGAAGAUAGGUGCGUGGUGGAGCAAGUGGAGCUCACGGUCCCGAAGACGGACGAUCCGACGAUACCUGUCCUCACUUUCAGAAUGUGGGUUCUCGGUCUGGGCGCGUGCAUUGUACUCUCCUUCGUGAACCAGUUCUUCUGGUACAGGACCAUGCCUCUGAGCAUCAGCGGAAUCUCCGCUCAGAUCGCUGUCGUGCCGCUCGGCCACCUCAUGGCUCGGAUUCUCCCGACAAGCAAGUACUUGGAAGGUACGAGGUGGGAGUUUAGCCUGAACCCUGGUCCCUUCAACGUCAAGGAACAUGUUCUCAUCACCAUCUUCGCCAACUCCGGUGCUGGUUCUGUCUACGCCACUCAUAUUCUCAGCGCCAUUAAGCUUUAUUACAAAAGGGCACUCCCGUUUCUUCCUGCUUUUCUUGUCAUGAUCACUACUCAGGUUCUUGGAUUUGGUUGGGCGGGUUUGUUCAGGAAACAUCUCGUGGAGCCUGGUGAAAUGUGGUGGCCGAGCAAUCUCGUUCAAGUCUCUCUCUUCAGUGCCUUGCACGAGAAAGAGAAGAGGACAAGAGGAGGCACCACUCGAACUCAGUUCUUCCUCGUCGUGCUCGUCGCCAGUUUCGCCUACUACGUGCUUCCAGGCUAUUUAUUCACCAUGUUGACGUCCAUAUCAUGGGUAUGUUGGCUCGGACCCAGAUCCAUUCUGGUCAACCAGCUCGGUUCAGGACUUCACGGACUCGGUAUCGGAGCCGUUGGCAUUGACUGGGCCACAAUUUCUUCUUACCUUGGUAGCCCUCUCGCCAGUCCAUUGUUUGCCACCGUCAAUGUAGCCAUCGGCUUCGUUCUGAUCAUGUAUGUGGCCUCACCGAUCUGGUACUGGCUUGAUAUUUACAAAGCCAAGACCUUUCCUAUAUUCUCCAGCAAGCUUUUCAUGUCCAACGGCUUAGACUACAAUGUUUUGAGCAUCAUCGACAAGAAGUUCGAGCUAGACCAUGAUGUCUACGCCAAGACAGGGCCUAUCCACAUGAGUACCUUCUUCGCUAUGACUUAUGGUCUCGGGUUUGCAACGUUAUCCGCUACCAUUGUCCAUGUUCUGCUCUUCAAUGGAAGUGAUCUAUGGAAGCAAACGAGAGGAGCUUUCAAGAGGAACAAGAAAAUGGAUAUACACACGAAGAUCAUGAAGAAGAACUACAGAGAAGUCCCGAUGUUGUGGUUUCUCGUGAUCCUCGUCCUCAAUAUCGGGCUCAUCAUGUUCAUCUCCGUGCAUUAUAACGCAACUGUGCAACUCCCGUGGUGGGGAGUGUUACUUGCUUGUGCUAUCGCCGUUUUUUUCACCCCUCUUAUCGGUGUUAUAGCCGCUACCACCAACCAGGCACCGGGUUUGAACAUUAUUACCGAGUAUGUGAUAGGUUAUAUCUACCCCGAACGUCCGGUUGCAAACAUGUGCUUCAAGGUUUAUGGAUACAUAAGCAUGACCCAGGCGCUAACUUUCAUAUCUGACUUCAAGCUUGGGCAUUACAUGAAGAUUCCUCCAAGAAGCAUGUUCAUGGCACAGGUUGUGGGAACGCUUGUAGCUGUUGUGGUUUACACUGCAACUGCCUGGUGGUUAAUGGCGGAUAUUCCCCAUCUCUGUGACACAUCUCUCCUUCCUCCGGACAGCCAAUGGACAUGUCCCAUGGACCGUGUCUUCUUUGACGCUUCCGUGAUCUGGGGACUGGUCGGACCACGCAGGAUGUUUGGUGAUCUCGGAGAAUAUUCCAAAGUGAACUGGUUCUUCCUCGGCGGUGCAGUCGCUCCUCUCAUGGUCUGGUCAGCGACCAAAGCCUUCCCGUCUCAGACAUGGAUCCCAAAGAUCCAUAUUCCUGUCCUUGUGGGUGCAACCGCAAUGAUGCCACCCGCUACAGCCGUGAAUUUCACGAGCUGGAUCGUUGUUGCGGUUGUUUUCGGGCAUUUCGUGUAUAAGUACCGUAGGGAAUGGUGGAAGAAGUAUAACUACGUUUUGUCCGGGGGUCUGGACGCAGGAACUGCGUUCAUGACCAUACUUCUGUUCUUGGCUCUUCAACGCAGAGACGACAUCGGACUGAACUGGUUGGGAAACGGCAGCGACCACGACACCUGUCCCUUCGCGUCUUGUCCCACCGCGAAAGGGGUCGUGGUCGAUGGUUGUCCGGUCUUAUGAGCCACAUUGCCAAAGCAGUGAAAGUGAACAUAUGAUGUAAAAUCAUUUCAGAAUGCUAUACAGGUUGUAAUCUUUGGAAAUGAAUAGAAGAAAACCAAAAUUAGACAAGAGAGGAGAGAUGGUUGCUCCAUUCAUGAAUCUCUCUCAAGGACAGAAACAGGAAACUUGCUUUCAGUUUUUAAACUGUCUUUGAAUCUGAUUCAACAAUAAUUAGCCAAGAACAUGCAAAAAAAAAAAAAAAAAAAAA